UCUUGACAGUUAUACGAAGUGCUGCACACACGUACGUUUGAAAAUUCAAUGCAACAGACUUAAUGGCCGCUGGAAAGUCGUGAGCAGCGGUUCGCCCGGCGGCCCUCCACAUAAGUGCGUCUCGUCUUAGCGCGCGUUACAACACGAUUUAACGGCACGAGUAACGCGCCGCCGAGAUCAAAGUCGCCCUUCUUAUGCCGUCAUUUUGCUAGGUAAUCAUGGAGCAAGAUACUGAAUAUGUGAAAUUACCCCUUGAGGAGCGCUGUGUGCACAAGUCUUGGAGAGCACGUUUGCACGGCUACGAGGAGUGCGUGAAGACGUUCCAGUGCAUCGACGACGAGAAGUCGACGGAGUGGAACAGAUAUGUGGGCUUCAUCAAGAAGUUCGUGCUGGACAGCAACGCGGCGGCCCAGGAGAAGGGACUGGAGGCGACGCUGGCCUUCGUCGAGAACGCCGCAGUGGCCGGUAAAAUAGUCGGCGAGGUGAUGAGCGGCAUCGUCUCCAAGUGCAUCGCCGCCCCCAAGGCGAAGACGAAGGAGGUGGCGGUGCAGAUCACCUUGAUGUACAUCGAGAUCGAGAAGCACGAGGCGGUGCAGGAGGAACUGCUGCGCGGCACGGAGGCGAAGAACCCGAAGAUCGUGUCCGCGUGUAUCGCCACGUUGACGUUAGCGCUGAAGGAGUUCGGGCCGAAGGUGGUCAACAUGAAGCCGCUGACGAAGAAGAUCGCGAGCUUCCUGGAGGACCGGGACAAGACGGUGCGCGAGGAGGGCAAGGCGAUGGUGGUGGAGAUGUAUCGGUGGAUAGGCGAGCGCCUGAAGCAGCAGCUGAACACGCUGAAGCCGGUGCACGUGACGGAACUGGAAGCGGAGUUCGGCAACCUGCCGCACGACAAGGUGACGCCGACGCGUUACCUGCGCUCGCAGAGGCCGAAGACCUGCGCCGGCGUUGGCGCAACGGCGGAUGCGGCGGCGAGCGACAACGGCGAGGACGACAACGAGGACGGCGAGGGGCCUUCCGUGCCGGAGAUAGACCCGUACGACCUCUUGUCGCCCGUGGACAUCCUGUCGAAGUUGCCGAAGGAUUUCUACGAGAAGAUCGAGGCGAAGAAGUGGCAGGAGCGCAAGGAGGCUCUGGAGGCCCUCGAGACGCUCGUGAAGAACCCGAAACUGGAGAACGGUGAUUACGGCGACGUAGUGCGCGCCCUGAAGAAGAUCAUCUCGAAGGACACGAACGUGCUGGUGGUCACAUUGGCUGGCAAGUGUCUGGCCGGCCUCGCGUCCGGCCUGAAGAAGCGCUUCCAGCCGUACGCUGGCGCCUGUCUGCCGGCGAUCCUCGAGAAAUUCCGCGAGAAGAAGCAGACGGUGGUGCAAGCGCUGCGCGAGGCCGCCGACGCCGCUUACCUCAGCAUCACCAUCGAGCAGAUCCUCGAGGACACUCUCGCCGCGUUGGAGAACAAGAACCCGGCCGUGAAGGCCGAGACGGCCGCGUACCUGGCUCGUUGCUUCGCCCGCACGCCGCCGGACAUGCUGAGCAAGAAGCUGCUGAAGGCGUACGCGGGCGCGUUGCUGAAGACGCUGAACGAACCGGACCCGACGGUGCGCGACAACUCGGCGGAGGCUCUCGGCACGGCGAUGAAGCUGAUCGGCGAGCGGGCGAUGAUGCCGUUCCUCACGGAUAUCGACAAUCUCAAGAUGACGAAGAUCAAGGAGUGCGCGGAGAAGGCGACGAUCCUCGUCAAGGUGUCGAAGAAGCCGGACCGGCCGAACACCGCGCCGGCGAAGGUGGAGGCGACGAAGGCGGCGGGCAGGGAGAACAAAGAAGGCAGCAAGAAGGCGAACGUCGCGAAGAGACCGGCCAGCAGCAGCAACGCGAACAAGAAGUCGGCGAAGAAAGGCGGGGCGCCGUCGCUGACGAAUUUGGCGCCGUCCAAGAAGCAGCCGACGGAACGGAGCUACAGCCCGGAGGAGGUCGACGAGCUGGCGGCGCAGCUGCUGCCGGCCGAGGUGAUCUCCGGCUUGGUGGACAGCAACUGGAAGACGCGUCUGCAGGCGGUCACGCAGCUCUCGGACACCGUGAAGAGCAUGGACCCGGCGGACGUGUCCGGCCAGGUGAUCGUGCGCACGCUGGCGAAGAAGCCCGGCUUCAAGGACACGAACUUCCAGGUGCUGAAGCUGCGCAUCGAGGUGGUGAAGCAUCUCGCCGAGUGCCACCCGUUUUCGGUCACCGUAGCCGAGCACUGCCUGGUCGACGUCGCGGAGAAGCUGGCGGACGCGAAGAACAGCGCGAUCGCCGCGGAGACGCUGCUGGCGAUCGCCGAGGCGACGAGCUUCGAGCACGUAGCGGACGAGGUGAUGUCCUACGCGUUCAACCAGAAGAACCCGAAGGUGCAGCAGGAGACGCUGCUGUGGCUGUGCCGCGGCCUCGCGGACUUCGGCUGCUGCCUGAACGUCAAGUCCGUGAUCGAGCAGGCGAAGCGCGCGGUGGCGGCGACUAAUCCCGCCGUGCGCACCUCCGCGAUCACGCUGCUCGGCACUCUCUAUCUGUACGUCGGCAAGCUGCUGCUCUCCUUCUUCGACGGUGAGAAGCCGGCGUUGAAGCAGCAGAUCGAGCAGGAGUGCGAGAAACGCCACGGCGAGACACCGCCGGCGCCCGUUCGCGGCGCCAAGGCGAAGAAGGCCGUCCAGAACGAGGAGGACGACGAUGAAGAUUCCACGGAGUCGGACAAGAGGCAACAGCCGUUGGCCGCCGGUGGCAGCGAGCAGGACCUGAUCAACGACCUGAUACCACGCGUUGACGUCAGCGGCCACGUGACGGACGGCUUGUUAGCCGAGCUGGCCGAUAAGAACUGGAAGGUGCGCAACGAGGGCCUGCAGAAGGUGAACGCCUUCCUCAGCGAAGCCAAGUACAUCAAGCCCAACAUCGGCGACCUGCCGCAGGGCUUGGCGCUGCGCUUGGUCGACAGCAACAGCAAGAUCGCGCAGUCGACUCUGGGUAUAUGCGAGACGCUGGCGACGGCCGUCGGCGCGCCGGUGAAGCAGCAUGUGCGCACCCUGUUCCCCGGGUUCCUGCAGUGCCUGGGCGACAGCAAGAACUGGAUCAGAACGGCCGCGAUCUCUUGCAUCAACACCUGGGGGGAUCAGUGCGGCUACAAGGAGUUCUUCGAUGGCGAGAUGAUAGGGGACGCCUUGAAGGCUGGCUCACCGAUGCUUCGCGCCGAGCUCUGGAGCUGGUUAGCCCAGAGGUUGCCUGCGAUACCCGUGAAGCAGAUUCCCAAGGAGGAGUUAUUCGUCUGCCUGUCCUGUCUCUACUCUAAUCUGGAGGAUCGCAAUUCCGACGUGAGGAAGAACGCUCAAGAGGCUGUGCUGGGAUUCAUGAUUCAUCUCUCGUACGAGACGAUGGCUAGAAACACCGAAAAACUGAAGCCUGGCUCGAGGACUGUGGUACUCGCUGUACUGGACAAAGCUCGUCCCAGUCUACCUAUGAAACCUCUGCCCAAAAAGGAGCCUUCCGACGAGAACAUCCAGAAGGGUGGCGCGAAGGGUGCGAAAGUGGCGAAAGUGGUUAAACCGAAGGGAGCGGCAUCGAAAGCGCCGGGUAGCGCUCGCAAGAAGGACGACGACGUGGACACCAGUCCUCUGUUGGUGGUGAACAACUUGAAGCAUCAACGCGUGAUCGACGAGCAGAAGUUGAAGGUGCUCAAGUGGAACUUCACCACCCCGAGGGAGGAAUUCGUCGAGCUUCUGAAGGAGCUCAUGACCGCGGCGAACGUUAACAAGACACUGAGGUCGAAUAUGUUUCACUCCGACUUCCGGUAUCAUCUGAAGGCUAUCGAGGCUCUCACCGAGGAUUUACCUGGGAACAGCAAAGCGUUGGUAUCUAAUCUGGAUCUCAUCCUCAAGUGGCUGACACUGCGAUUCUUCGAUACUAAUCCUUCGGUGCUCCUGAAAGGACUGGAUUACCUGCAAUUGGUUUUCAAUCUAUUGAUAGAAGAUCAGUACCAUAUGUUGGAAACUGAAGCGGCAUCGUUCAUCCCUUACCUUAUCAUCAAAAUAGGCGAUCCGAAGGACGCCGUGCGUAACGGCGUGCGAGCGCUGUUCAGGCAGAUCGCUCUGGUAUACCCGGUGAGCAAGUUAUUCUCGUACGUGAUGGAAGGUCUGAAGUCAAAGAAUGCGAGACAACGAACAGAAUGCCUGGACCAAUUAGGAUCGCUAAUUGAGAAUUACGGAGUUUCUGUCUGUCAGCCCAGUCCGUCUGCGGCGUUGAAGGAAGUGGCGAAGCAAAUAGCGGAUCGCGACAAUUCCGUCCGCAACGCCGCUCUCAAUUGCAUCGUCCAGGCCUACUUCCUGCAAGGGGAACGCGUAUUCAAACUCAUCGGCCAAAUAUCGGAGAAGGAUAGAUCGUUGUUGGACGAGCGCAUCAAACGGGCGGCGAAGAAUCGUCCUACGAAAUCCGCAUCCGCCAACAAACUCUCCGCGCCCUCCGUGGUCACAGCUUCCAGUCCGCCCACGGACGACAUGGAGGCGGAUUACGAGGAGGAGCAGGAGGAGAUCCCCGAAGCGGUAGAGCCGGUGCCGGAACUGAACUCUCCCACGUCUACUCAAACGAAGAUCUCGGGUCCCUUCGGACUGGAUAUGGAGUUUUUGCAAAGGAUCGAAUUGAGCGCGCCAGUAAAAUACCGUAAUCCGAUACUGCUGGAGCCCAGCUUGUCGGAUCUAAAUGAGACUCCGAUUAAUAUGUUGAAUACUCCCAAGACACAAAUGAUACCGAUUUCACCACCAAAGUUGUUAGUGUCAAAAUCAUCAUCCGUUGUGUCACCCUCUACCGCCAGCAGUAACGAUGACACGUUGGAGCGUAACAUCUUGUCCAUGGCCAGUAUGGACUUGCCUACUGCGAUACAAUCUAUGAACAGCAUAGAAAACUUGUUGAAGUCCCAUCAAGCAGCCAGUUUACAGUCUAAGGAAGAUAAAUUCAUCGGAUCGAUAAAUAUGCAGUUAAAGCUGUUGCAGACGUAUCCGUUACGCCAGGAGAACGUGGACGUGUCCAGAGGCUUCAGAAAUACGUUCCUGGUUAUACUGGUGUUUUACGACACUGGAUAUCUUGGAAAAAACGUUCCCUUCAUGCAUUUGAAGGAACUAGUGGAUCAGAUGAUAAGCUUGCUGGCCGAGAACAAGUUGGAACACUUACAUCAGGCCGGAGCGUAUUACAGAGUGAUUAACAACAUCAUGGUGAAGAUUAUCGACAAUUCUAACCAUACCACCAUUAUAUGCGUGUUAAUUAAAUUGCUUCAUUCCUGUGCCGAGUCGAAUGUUCCUUCUAAAUACGAAGAACUGGUGAUGAAGUGUCUGUGGAAGAUAGUGAAAACGAUGUCGAACUGGGCACCCGAUUUGGACUACGAUACGAUACUUCUUGAAGUACAUCGCUUCCUAAAGGAUUAUCCUACUACGUGGUGGAAGAAACAGAAGUCCGACACUCCGUUACGAACAGUCAAGACUGUUCUUCAUAGUAUGACCAGAGUGAAAGGCAGCACAAUACUUAAUCACUUGACGCUGAUAAACAAUACCAAUGAGUCUGAAUUGCAUGCAUACUUAAUAAGAUUAAUCGCGAGUUUGAAGCCGGAUGAGAUUAACGCUACGGCAAAAAUGAACCCGAAGUCAAAUAACAUGGGUAGGACGCCGAAACAUCUGUCCAAGUCCACUCGUCAACAGUUGGCGGAGAUAUUCAAGAAGAUCGGGUCAAAAGAGCAGAUGCAGGAAGGUUUAGCACAGUUGUACGACUUCAAGCUUCAAUAUCCCGAGGCCGACGUACAACCGUUCCUGGUGAAAUCCCAUCAAUUCUUCCAAGACUUUAUCGAGCAGGGACUUAGGCAGAUCGAUCAGGCGCGCAAGAGUCAGAGCAUCUUGUCGCAAGCUAACAAUCAAUACUCCUUGGAGACCACCGAGUCCCCGCCAGCGGUUUCCGACGAGAAAGACAUGAUGGAUCCGAUGCACAGGCUCGAGAAACUGCGAGCUCUCGAAGCACAAUGUCGAACGACCUCCUCGCAGCCGAACCCACCAUGAACGAUAUCGCGCGCUUGAUAUGAAAAUUAGGUAAGUGACACGAUAUAUAUAUAUACACACACACAUAUAUAUAUAUAUAUAUAAUAUACAUAUACGCGAGCA